AUGCGACUGCUUAUACUAUUGUUACUCAGUUUUCAUGCCGCUUAUUGUGCUUUGGACACCGCAGCGGUUAUUGCCAUUCAAACUGAAAUCAACAAACAUAGCGCUGAUAUUGAGAUGAUUCUUGAUCAUGUCAAAAACUUAAAUGCUCGUGUUUCUGAUCUUGGACGCCCCGGACCACCAGGCAUGAAUGGAUCCCCAGGAUUUCCAGGAUCAAAAGGAGAAAAGGGAGAACGUGCAGAGGAUGGUAUGAGCGGAAGAGACGGAAUGCAAGGUAUUCCCGGAGUCAAGGGAGACAUGGGACCAAUUGGACCAACUGGCAUGAAGGGAGAUAAGGGUUCAAUGGGUUUCCCGGGACAAAAAGGAGAUGGCGGUAAUUCUGGUGUUCCUGGACUCAAGGGAGAUACUGGAAUUCCCGGAAAAGUUGGAGAACCAGGAUCCACUGGACAACCAGGAUCAAAAGGAGAGAAGGGAAUGGAAGGACUGCCAGGAACGAAUGGAUUGCCAGGAGCCCCUGGAUGGCCAGGAAGUAAGGGAGAAGACGGACUACCAGGAAGACCUGGAUCUCCAGGGUUUCCUGGAAAAAAGGGAGAUGGUGGUGUUGGAGGUGUCCCAGGAGUACCUGGAAUGAUCGGAGAACGAGGAUUGCCAGGAGCACCAGGAGCACAGGGAAUGAUGGGACCAAUUGGGCCACCAGGACAACUUGGAUUACCAGGACCAAAGGGUGACACUGGUCCAGCCGGACUCCCAGGAAGCAAAGGAGACCAAGGAAAAGACGGAAUUCCAGGACUUCCAGGUUGGAUUGUAAACGACAAAGGAUACUGCAUCCUGGCGCUUGGCAACUGUCCCCCAGCUUUCACUCAAAUUGGAGCCUACCAGGCGCACGUUGACAAUUAUCGCUUCGGAGACUAUUCGCUGGUCAAGUCAUCCGGCAUUGGAGGAAACGAAGAACAAUUCGCUUUGAAAGUUCAUGCUUGCUGCCGAUAA